CCUAAUAAUAAUAUCUACCACGGCUAUUUACGAAUAACUAUUACGUGACCAUUUUUAUUAAUCUUUCUCAUUUCCAAACGUGAAGAAGCUCUCAUUUCUCUGUUAUCUUCAACUUGCUGGACAAAUGGCACCAAGGUGGAAAGGAAAAGAUGCAAAGUCGAAAAAGGAUGCAGAAGGCGAGGCACUUAAAGAACCCAUGUCAAAGAUUAUAUCGCAACUUCACUCUUCUUUACUUCAAUCAAAUACUUGUGGAUUUCUCUCUGAUAAUUGUGUACACUUAGCAGUGCAGCCUGAACAGCUUGAACUGCUUGAUAAAGCGUGCUUUGGUCGACCUGUGAGAAUCGUUGAAAAUGACGUGUGCUGGUUUCAGUUAACCUUGGAGGAAGCAUUCUACCUAUGUUACUCCUUGAAAUGCCUCAAGAUUAAUGGUGGUGCUGAAUCCGGUCCUUCAAAUGAUGAUGAUGAGCUGUGGCGUUACUUCAAGUCCAAGAAAGAAGCAUUCCCUUUUUUCUACAAGGCUUAUUCUCACCUUCGAAUGAAAAACUGGGUAGUCAGGUCAGGGGCUCAGUAUGGUGUAGACUUCAUUGUCUAUCGUCAUCAUCCGGCUCGAGUGCAUUCUGAGUACGGUGUACUUGUUCUAUCACAUGACAAUCAUGAUGAUCUACAUGGAAGACUCAGAGUAUGGUCUGAUGUUCAUUGCACUACUCGACUUCUUGGAAGUGUUGCAAAAACUCUACUACUUUUGCAUGUUAAUAGAAAUGGUCACGGUGACGAGUCUUUGUUAUGUUUGGCAAACUAUACCGUUGAAGAGCGCAUGAUCUCUAGAUGGAGUCCAGAACAAUGUCGGGAAAGGUCCUUAUAGAUACUUCAUGUUCUUAAUAGUACUACUAUUAUUUCAGUUCUGCAUGAUUUAAUAACUGUUUCUUUUUGUAAGACAUUUAUCAAUUGUUGAAAAUGAUUCACUUGAUUGUGAUUUGUUCCCCAAGUCUUGAAUUGCAAAUUGGGAGCACCCAUUAGAAAAUCAUCAUAUAGGAGGAGUCUUUAUGAAACUUCUAAGAUAAAAAAAAUGUAAUCAGGUUUUCAUUUUUACAAGCAAUUUCUAUUCAAAUACAAUGUCUUUUUUUAGGUUUUCA